AUGAUCGUGCAUAAAAAUAUUCUCAAAAUGCUACUGCCUUCCAAUUCAAACCGUUUGUCGAGGGUGGUUCUUCGCGGUGCGCACUCACAAAAUAUCACCAAAAAUAUAUUUUACAUCUCUAACAAUGAUGAAAAAGUUACUUUAGACCAAAAAACCAUGAAGUUAAAUAAAGAAAUGGAUAGACCAAUAUGUAUAAUGUUAAACUGGUUGCAAGCGAGCCCUAAGCAAGUGAUGAAAUAUGCGAGCAUAUAUCUAGAUGAAGGAUUCGAUGUGUUGCGCGUGUCCUGCGACCUGUGGCAACUGAUAUUGCCGAAAAAAGGUGCUAAGGUUAUAGGGAAAGAUCUCAUAAAUAUAAUGUCGGCGAAUGAUAACUCUUACGUUGUUCAUGGCUUCUCAGUAGGCGGUUACGUAUGGUCGGAGGCGUUAGUACAUGCAAUGGAACAAAGAGACAGGUAUCAGCUGGCUCUAGACCGCGUAGAAGCGCAAGUGUGGGACUCAGUGGCCGACAGCACGGAGGUCCAUAUAGGGGUGCCUUUAGCCAUCUUCCCUAAUAACAAAUUAGCUCAGACAGCCACGAAAUAUGCGAUUUGGUGCUACCUAAAAGCAUUCAAAAACAUAGCAACAGUACAUUACAAAAUGGGUUGCGAGACGUACUACGACACCCCUUGCCGCGCGCCCGCACUGUUCUUGCUCUCUAGUACGGACCCCGUCGGCAACGAAAUGAGGAUCCGGAGGGCUUAUAACUUGUGGUUGCAAAAGGGGAUUGAGUGUACGUGGCAGUGCUGGCCGGACUCCGCGCACGUGCGGCACUACAUGGCGCACCCCGAGGAAUACACCGCACUCGUGCGUGCUCACAUCCGACAACACGUUACUCGGAGACGCGCUUACCGUCUAACUUUAUCUAAUACUAGCGACUCACCCUCGCUUCGCUCGAGUUCGUCCCUAGGU